AUCCUGAUUGUGACGACGACAGCGUUCGCUGGAGUCCUCCUCCUGAACUACCAGCGGGAUUACGCAGAGUGGCUGCUGCCGCUCAUCAUCGUGUGUCUUUUCUCCUUCCUGGUGGCCCACUGCUUCCUGUCCAUCUUUGAGAUCGUGGUGGACGUCCUCUUCCUCUGCUUCGCCAUUGAUACGAAGUACAACGACGGCACUCCAGGGAAGGAGUUCUUCAUGGACAAAGCUCUGAUGGAGUUUGUGGAGAGCAGCCGGCGGUUGGAGCGUGCCGUGGAACGUGGGCGGAGUCGGGUGAAGGAAGUGGCAUCAGAAGGGGCGGAGAUCAAGCCCAUGGCUCCGGGGACGAGUUCAGCUUGACCAAAAUCAGCCAAUGG